AUGGUGUCUGCCUCCAAAGCCGCUCGUUUGGCAAAGCGUGCCGCCGAUGGCGCCGACAAGAAGAAGCCCACCAAGGGCAAGAAGGACGACCCCGUCGUCGACGGUGAGGGCGGCGAUGACCAGCCUGCCACCACUGAUGAGAAGAUGAAGGAGGUCGAGAAGUUGACUGCUCAGAUGGACAAGCACGGUCUCUCCGAUCGUGUCACGACCGGUGUCCUUGCUUCUCUGCCCUCCUCCCGCGACGUCAAGGUCACUUCCGCCUCCCUGGUGUUCCACGGAAAGGUUCUUAUCACCGACUCGACUCUCGAACUGAACUUCGGUCGUCGUUACGGUCUCCUCGGUGAGAACGGUUGCGGAAAGUCUACUAUCCUCAAGUCUAUCGCCACCCGCGAAUACCCCAUCCCCGAGCACAUUGAUAUCUACCUUCUGAACGAGGGUGCUCCUCCCAGUGAGCUCGGUGCCCUUGAGUGGGUUGUCACCGAGGCCCAGAACCAGCUCGAACGCAUGGAGAAGCAGGCCGAAGAAAUUCUUGAGAAGGAGGGUCCUGACUCUCCUAUCCUCGAGGAUCUGUACGACCGUAUGGACAAGAUGGAUCCCUCGACCUUCCACACCCGUGCCUCCCUGAUCUUGACCGGUCUGGGUUUCAACAAGCAGACCAUCCACAAGAAGACCAAGGACAUGUCUGGUGGUUGGCGUAUGCGUGUGGCCCUUGCCAAGGCCCUCUUCGUCAAGCCCUCCCUGCUUCUGCUCGACGACCCCACUGCUCACUUGGAUCUCGAGGCCUGUGUGUGGUUGGAAGAAUACCUCAAGAAGUGGGAGCGUACCCUGAUCCUCGUCUCCCACUCCAUGGAUUUCCUCAACGGUGUCUGCACCAACAUGAUCGACAUGCGCAUGAAGCAGCUCCUCUACUACGGUGGUAACUACGACUCUUACCACAAGACUCGUGCCGAACAGGAGACGAACCAGAUGAAGGCCUACAACAAGCAGCAGGAAGAAAUUGCUCACAUCAAGAAGUUCAUUGCUUCCGCCGGUACCUACGCCAACUUGGUCAGACAGGCCAAGUCCCGUCAGAAGAUCCUGGACAAGAUGGAGGCCGAUGGUUUCAUCCAGCCCGUCAUCCCCGACAGAGUCUUCAGCUUCCGCUUCGCCGAUGUCGAAAAGCUUCCUCCUCCCGUUCUGUCCUUCGACGACGUCUCUUUCUCCUACUCUGGCAAGUGGGAGGACACCCUGUACGAGCACCUCGACUUCGGUGUCGACAUGGACUCCCGCACAGCCCUUGUCGGACCCAACGGUGUCGGAAAGUCCACUCUGCUGCGCAUCAUGACCGGCAAGCUGAGCCCCAUCGGUGGUCGUGUCUCCCGCCACACUCACUUGAAGCUGGGCAUGUACAGUCAGCACUCUGCUGAGCAGCUGGAUCUGACCAAGUCUGCCCUCGAGUUCGUCCGUGACAAGUUCCCCGAAAAGUCUCAGGACUACCAGUACUGGCGUCAGCAGCUGGGCCGUUACGGUCUCAGCGGUGAGUCCCAGACUGCCCUCAUGGGUACUCUGUCCGAGGGUCAGAAGUCUCGUAUCGUCUUCGCCCUGUUGGCUAUCGAGUCGCCUAACAUGAUCCUGCUGGACGAGCCUACCAACGGUCUGGAUAUCCCCACCAUUGACAGUUUGGCCGAUGCCAUCAACGCUUUCAGCGGUGGUGUUGUCGUCGUGUCCCACGACUUCCGUCUCCUUGACAAGAUCGCCAAGGACAUCAUGGUCUGCGAGAACAAGACCGUCACCCGCUGGAACGGUACUAUCGGCGAGUACAAGAACCACCUCCGCAAGAAGAUGAUUUCCGAGGGUGCUGUCUAA